GGCAUCCUGUGUCUUUGCAGGCCUGUGCUGGACAUGGAAAUCACCCAGGAUCCGUGAGCCAGGGCAGCCACAGGGCAUGUGCUGUGUGCUGCUCACCCUGGGUGGCUCUAAACUGGCCCCAGAGCACCAUGCUCUGUCUCCUUGUCUGGGACAAAAGCAUCUUCUGGGCAGAGCCUGGCAUUGAGCCCAGAGACUUGGGAUCCUUUUUGGUGACGCGGUGUGUGGAGCACUUGCCCUCCUUCACUGCUAGCCUCUCUAGGGAAACUAGGCCACAGCGAGUCUCUUGCCCUGAUCACAGAAUUCAGCUGUGCAGCCUGAUGCUGGCACUCUUAGCCUGGAGGCUACAAAGUCUGGAGGGGCUGCUAUGGAAGUGUCCCUCACCUGCUCCCCAUGCCCAGCUGCCAUCCUCAUGGAAGAAACCCAGGGAUGCGACCCCCUGCAGUGCACCACUCCACAUUCAGAGCUGUGCUCCCUCCCAGGCUUCUGUGACCACCGGCAGCGAACUCACCAUGUCUGGGCCUCAGAGCACAGGGCAGGUGCCAGAUGCCCAGAGAGACUCGCCCCUGGGCAGGAGGGAUGAAGAUGCCAAGGAGGGGACCCAGAGCUCCCACCGCAUGCUGGGCUUUAGCGAUGCGCUGCUGUCCAUCAUCGCCACCGUCAUGAUCUUGCCUGUGACGCACACAGAGAUCUCCCCGGAGCAGGAGUUUGACAAAAGUAUGCAGAAACUUCUAGCCACCAGGAUUGCUGUCUACCUGAUGACAUUUCUAAUUGUGACGGUGGCCUGGGCGGCACACAUCAGGUUGUUUCAGGUUGUUGGGAAAAUAGACGAUACACUUGCCUUGCUCAACCUGGCCUGCAUGAUGACCAUCACCCUCCUGCCUUACACGUUUUCCUUAAUGGUGACCUUCCCUGAUGUGCCUCUGGGCAUCUUCUUGUUCUGUGUGUGUGUGAUCACCAUCGGGGCCGUGCAGGCACUGAUCAUAGGCUACGUCUUCCAUUUCCCAUACCUGCUGAGCUCGCAGCUCCGCACCUCCACCCACAGAGCUGCGACCCGGCAGCACAUCCUGCUCCUCGUCCUCCGCGGCCCAGCGCUGUGCUUCGCUGCAGCUGUUUUUUCCCUCUUCUUCUUCCCCAUGUCGUACCUCCUGAUGGUGACCGUCAUCUUCCUUCCCUAUAUCAGCAAGGCUGCCGGCUGGUGCAGAGGCAGGCUCGUGGGCCUGAGGCAGCCCCCAGACCAUGGUGUGGAGUUCUUCACCUUUGACCUGCAAGAGCCCCUCAGCAAGGAGCGGGUGGAAGCCUUCAGCGAUGGUGUCUACGCCAUCGUGGCCACACUGCUCAUCCUGGACAUCUGCGAGGACAACGUCCCCAACCCCAAGGACGUGAUGGAGAAGUUUCACGGCAGCCUGGUGGCGGCCCUGGGCGAAUAUGGGCCGCACUUCCUGGCAUACUUCGGCUCCUUUGCCACAGUGGGCCUGCUCUGGUUCGCCCACCACUCGCUCUUCCUGCACGUCCGCAAGACCACACAGGUCAUGGGGCUGCUCAACACGCUCUCACUGGCCUUCGUGGGCGGCCUGCCACUAGCCUACCAGCAGACCUCGGCCUUCGCCCGGCAGCCCCACGAUGAGCUCGAGCGUGUGCGCGUCAGCUGCGCCAUCAUCUUCUUCGCCAGUAUCUUCCAGUUUGCCAUCUGGACCACGGCCCUGCUGCGCCAGGCGGAGACACUACAGCCAGCAGUGAGGUUUGGCGGGAAGGAACACGCCUUCAUGUUUGCCAAGCUUGCCUUGUACCCCUGUGCCAGCCUGCUGGCCUUUGCUGCCACCUGCCUCCUGAGCCGGUUCAGCACAGCCAUCUUCCACCUCAUGCAGAUUUCCGUGCCCUUUGCCUUCCUGCUGCUGCGCCUGCUCGUGCGCCUCACCCUGGUGGCCCUUCGGUGCCUGCAGUCCCUGCGGCCAGCACACCUCCCACCAGGCCAGGCCGGUGCAGCUGAUACUGACACCCAGUCCCAGCUCCUGCCUGCUUCCUGCUAGCAGCACACAGGCCACUCCCACGACCUGCCCACCCCACCCGACACCAUGGGUCUCGUCUCCGCUGUGAAAUGCCAACAUCUGUCUGGAGGAUGCCCACUGCCCUGCAUAGGAACUUAAUCCUCUGCUUCCCUCCUCACUCAGACACUGCCAGGAGGACGCCUAUCUCUCCCUCACUUAGAACAGGCUGCCUUGGGAUCUGCGUCUGGAUGGCUUCAGGCAGCCACUCUACCCAUCCCACCCCAUUUGCCUGGAGCUGAGUGGCACCUCCUUCCCAUAACUCAGCUGACCACAAAGCCAGCAUGUGCAGCACCGCCCCACUGGGGCCUCCCAGUCCAUCCAGCCCCUCCCCAUGCCCAGUCACUGGACAGAAGAACAAGGAAGGGCACUCCAGGACACUGAAGCCCAACUCUAUUUGUCCCAGGUAUAAGUUAGGUCACAUUCAGGUAGCAUUAAGUCACAAGGAGAGGCCUGGGGCUCAGUGUCACAGCCCCGCAGGCAGUCUCACUUAAAUAGAAGGCAGACCAUACUGACAAUUUACAAACAAUUCCUGCAGGUUGAAGUCAAAGCAAAACUAAUUACACCAUUAAGGACUUGUUCUGAAGAUGGUAAGUGACAAGAACCGCUCCACUGAGACCAUCAAUGGAAUCUGGGAUGCAUGUGUCUGCAGCUUUGGCAGAAGCAGGGGAAAGACAUGGCCUUGUGGCAUAGAGAUUCCUUGGAGGCUACAGGUCACAGCCACUCCCAAGGACGAGGCCCUCAGUAGUGCAAACCCAGUGCCUAUGAGUGCUGGGAAGAGCUGGACCUGAUAGGUCCCUUGCUUUGCGGGGAGUGCCUCUGCAGACUCUACACUGGCUGCUUAUUUUUUGGUCAGAUUCCUCCAGCGUCUGAGGGGAGACACUGAGCUCUUACGCACGGUUAAAACGGCUUCAUUCACACCAGCCAGGCUGUCCCAGCUGGGCUCAGCCACAGUGGUGCCUGGUAGGGUGGGAACUGUGUCUACACUGGUGUGCAAGAGCCACAGGUUGCUGGCAGAUAGUGCUAUGUAAAGUGCUACAUUUAAGAAUGAGGGCAUUAAAUCCACUCCUCCAUAUGACAGGUGUUAUUUACACAUACACCCAGUUGGACCUUGAAGCCCUGCUUCUAGUCCCCUCUGGGCACUAUAUGCCUACCCCUGGGGUCAAGGGGAGCCCAGCCCACACUCUGGUUGCUGCACAGUAGCCACCCAAACCCAUCUGGCCUCAGUGGACAGAAGACUCCUCUCCCAGGGGAGGCUGGGCACUGCCCAGCACCCACAACCACCUCCCCUGGUCCAAACCCCGCUGCAGUGACAGGGCCGGAGACAAGGGACAGCACCUUCCCUGUGCCAGGCAGGGAGGUAGUUACCCCAUGGCCACCAGGGCUGCAUGCCACCUGCCAACAGUGGGGAAGGAGGCUGAACAGCUGCUUCAGAGGACAGCCUGAGGGGCAUAAGAUGAAGUCAAGAGGCCACCAAACAAGUUCCAGUGCUGCCCCAAGGGGCAGGCCAGCCAGGAACCCUGUGCUCCCAUCUGGGACUGUCCAGGGCUGCCACCCACCCAGGGGUUUCCAGGUGACACUGGACAGGGACAAGGGCUGGAGCCGUCCUGGCCCCAGGAAGAUGGUAUGGGCAGGGUGUAGCAAGUCCCAUCAGAUGGAUGGCUCCAGCACCACCUGGACCUCUCUGCCCUUACUUAGCAAUGCCCUCAGGGGCAGGCGCAGCAUCCCCCCUGGUGACUGCAGCCUUCCUGGGCUUCUGCUUGGCCUUCCUCAGCAUGUGGACCUGUCCCAAAAUGGACAGGAUGGAUCAGAGAGUUGGGGGCACCAGGUUGCAGCCCUUGGGUCCAAAGGCAGCCAGCCACUCUCAGCUCAGCUUCACAGAGGGUUUAGGAUUAGAAGCAGGGCGACACUACAACCUGCUGGACAAUGCCUUUGGCCCAGUCCCUCUUUGAGAGGCCCAGAUGUCUACACUGAGGGGCACAGGGCUUGAAAGUCUGAGUGCCCACAUCAGUUUCCAUGGCUCUCCCGUUCACAGGUGGCCCAGGCUCACUUGGGCAGCAAGGCUACCCCAGCCAUCCCUCAUCUGUGGCCUUCUGCUCCAGCCACCUUGCCCAGGCAGUCAGCCACCCAACAUACCUUGGGGCCUGCGGCUGAGAUGAUCAUGUGUCCUGGGGCUUGGACCCAGGGCUCACCAUCCACCUGCACUGGCGUGGCCUUCAGGAGCGUGACACGGAAGUAGGAGCCUUGUGCAAUGCGGAUACCAGAGCGCAGCCCCCCUUGCACCUGGCCCUGGCAAGGAGGGUGGGAAGCUGGUUUAGCGCGCCGUGGGGUAGCACAGGAGCCUGCCCAUGGCCUAGCGCUCACCAUGUGCACGACGCCAGUUACGCCCACCACCUCCAGCAGCCCAUCGUCCAUUCGUGGCUUCUCAAACCUCGAGUCACUGUCAGAGCCCCAGAGGUCAGCUCCUGAGCCCCAGCUGCCCCAAGAGACAGAGAAGUGCACCAGGGUCAGGCCCAGCACCUGGCCAGGCCCAGGCCCUGGCCCGUGCAGCCUUGGGGGCCUGCACACCUGGGGAUAUUGAUGAAGAUGAGGCCCUCGAUGCUGGGCAGCUCCACCUCCCGCUGUUCCACCUGCAGCCGGAUCUCCUUGUGUAGGCCUCGAGAGUGGCUGAUCUUCUGCAGCCCAACCCGAACAUACACACCCUUGUUGUGGAAUCUGCAGGAGACACGAGAGUCAGCAUCCCUGGGUGGGGGCUGCGCCUGGCCAAGCGUGGUGUUCUCGGCCUACCCUGUGGUACCUGCUGGUGAACUUGCCAGGCUCCUCCUCCCGUGCCUGGUGGAAGUCCAGGCUGAGCUCAGCAUCGAUGCCAAUGCCACAGUAGUUACUCAUCUGUACAAUCUGGGAACAAGGGCUCUUCCAGGACACCACCUCUAGUGUUUGGCUGCCUCCUUUCCAAACCUGCUCUUUGCUGUUGCCACAGCUGCCUUUUCCCUGGGCUGCCCUGCUCAGCCACCCAGCACCCCAAGAAGGCUGCAUGCCCCAUGGUGCGGCUAAAGGAGGGGAGCGUUGUGGGCAAGGGCCAGGGGCCACGUGGUACCUUGGGGGGCUCUGCAUCCACCACAUUGUUGUCUAUACCAGCGGCCUUGUGAGCAUCCAGCAGGAUGGUCCAGCGGUCCAUGAGCACAGCAUCCGCCUCAUCCACAGACACCAGCAUGGAGAACGGGUCCUCUCCACUGUAACCCGCACCCCAGCGGAGGACCCGGCCGAGGUCGUUCCCUGAAACACAGGUGAGACUUUGAGUGCUGCCACAUACCACCUCCGGAGAGAACUUACCUCAAAAUGGAGGGACAGACUCCCUACAGGAUGGAGACCCCACCACAGAAUGGAGAUGUCACCAUGGGACAGGGACCCCACCACACACCUUGGACAAAACUUGAGGUAGGGAUA